CAUCGCAGGCAAUGCUGGCAACUCUGCGCGCCCCUGCGAUCGGGGUGAAGGGGUCGCUCAAAAGACCCUGGCUCCGGGACAAAUGCAGGAUUCCGACGUGAGGCUCCGUCGCUGCGCCUUUCCCGUUCGCUUCCUGCCCUAGGCUUGAGCCGGGAUCUCCCGGAGAGGCGCGCUUGCGACUCCCGCCCCGCUCCCGCUGCCUUCCCGCCCAGCCACCCCGCUUCGCUCCGGGGGUGAAUGCUUCCAACUCCGGCUUCGGGGAGCGCCUCGUCCUCUUUCUGAUCGCGAAGGGCGCCGGGAUCGCAGCGUGUAAGGGGAGAAGGAGAGCGAGCGAGCGAGCGGGGCGCCGGCUGAAAGCAAACCCCGAGCGAUGGCUGGGGCUCCUUGGCAGGGCAAGUCGCGUGGAUUUAAAGUGCUGGUGGCGACGCUGUCGGUGGCUUGGGUGUACUCCUAUAACCUCGAUCUGGACCACCCGGUGAUUUUUCAAGGGCCCAAUAACUCUUUCUUCGGAUACUCCGUGCUGCAGCACUACAACGAUAAUACGAGGUGGAUCUUGGUUGGCGCUCCAAAGGCAAAUUCUAAAUACAGUACCUCUAUUAAGUCCCCUGGAGCUAUUUUUAAAUGUCGUGUUCACACUAACCCUGAGUGGAGGUGCCCAGAACUGGAUAUGGGUCGAGCCAGCAUUCCAGGAAUGGCCUGUGGGAAGACAUGUAAAGAGGACAGAGAUGAUGAAUGGAUGGGUGUAAGUCUGGCAAGGCAGCCAACUGCUGGAGGAAGUAUAUUGGCCUGUGCACACCGUUGGAAAAAUAUCUAUUAUGAAACAGAAUAUAUACUUCCUCAUGGCUUUUGCAAAAUCAUCCCACCCAAUCUGGAGCCCAAUGGUAAACGGUUGAUGCCCUGUUAUGAAGAGUAUAAGAAGAAAUAUGGCGAGGAGCAUGGUUCCUGUCAGGCUGGAAUAGCCGGCUUCUUCACAGAGGAGCUGGUUAUCAUGGGAGCCCCUGGGUCUUACUAUUGGACUGGAACUAUCAAAGUACUGAAUCUCACUGAUAAUACAUAUUUCAAACUGAAUGAUGACUCUGUGAUAGCCAAGCGGUACACAUACCUAGGAUACGCAGUGACAGCAGGUCAUUUCUCUCAGCCAAAGACUACUGACAUCGUUGGAGGAGCUCCCCAGGAUGGAGGCAUCGGAAAGGUAUACAUUUUCCGCACCGAUAAGAGAUUUGGAGCUUUAGUAAAGAUUUUUCAGGCUUCAGGUAAAAAGAUGGGCUCUUACUUUGGCUCCUCCUUAUGUGCAGUUGAUCUGAAUUCUGAUGGACUUUCAGACCUCCUGGUGGGAGCACCCAUGUUUUCUGAGAUCCGGGAUGAAGGUCAAGUCACCGUCUACCUAAGCAGAGGAAAUGGCGUCCUGGAAGAGCAGCUUGUUCUGAAUGGUGACAAUGCCUACAAUGCACACUUUGGGGAAAGCAUGGCGUCCCUGGGGGAUAUUGAUGAUGAUGGAUUCCCAGAUGUUGCCAUUGGUGCUCCUAAAGAGGACAACUAUGUUGGAGCAGUCUAUAUCUACCACGGAUACAUUGGUGGCAUCAUAUCUCAGUAUUCUAUGAGAAUAUCUGGAAAACAGUUGAGUCCAAGACUGCAGAUGUUUGGCCAGUCCAUUUCUGGAGGUGUUGAUAUGGAUGGGAAUGGCUAUCCAGAUGUGACAAUUGGAGCCUUUAUGUCAAACAAUGUGAUUCUUCUCAGAUCCAGGCCUGUUAUUACUAUGGACAUCUCUGUUCUCCUGCCCACAUCCAUUGACAUCACAGCUCCUCAGUGCCACGAUGGCUUACAGCUGGUGAACUGCUUAAAUGUCACCGCCUGUUUCAGUUUCAAAGGGAAACACGUUCCGGAAGUUAUAGUCUUGAAUUAUAACUUGACAGCGGAUGUGGCAAAGAAAGAAAAAGGUAAUCCCAUCAGGGUUUACUUUGUCUCUUCUGGAGAAGCAACAGGCCAGAUCGUAGAGAAGUUGCAACUGUCCUAUAUGCAGGAGAAAUGCAAGCACUACCUAGUUUAUGUAAAGAAAAGAGUCAAAGAUGUGAUAUCACCAAUUGUAUUUGAAGCUGUGUAUAGCCUUGGAGAACAUUUAACGGCAAGGAAGGAAAAAGAAUUACCUGCACUCAAGCCUGUACUCCGAUGGAAAAAGGGACAGAAAAUGGCACAUAGAAACCAGACUGUGUUUGAGAGGAAUUGCCAAUCAGAAGAUUGUGCUGCUGAUCUGAAACUUGAGGGAAAACUGUUUCUAUCCAGUGUCGAUGACAGGGCUCCCUACCUGGCAUUGGGAGCCGUGAAGAACAUUUCUCUGAACAUCUCCAUCUCCAACGUUGGGGACGAUGCUUAUGAUACCAACAUAGCUUUCAACUUCUCCAGGGAGCUCUUCUUCAUCAAAAUGUGGCAGAAGGAAGAGAUGGGCAUUGCAUGUGAGUUGCUGGAACCAGACUCAGAUUUCCUUAAGUGCAGUGUGGGCUUUCCCUUCAUGAGAUCAAAGUCAAAGUAUGAGUUUAGUAUAAUCUUUGAUACCAGCCAUUUGUCAGGAGAAGAAGACACUCUUUCAUUCCUUGUCACAGCACAGAGUGGAAACUUAGACCACAACCUCCAUGACAACUCGCUCACUCUCUCUGUUUCUCUGAUGCAUGAAGUAGACUCAUCCAUCACUGGGAUGGUGUCUCCCAGUUCCUUUAUAUAUGGUGAGUCUGUACCAGCAUCUCAGUUUAUUCAGCUCGAAGAUUUUGAGUGUCAUUUUCAGGACCUAAACUUCACCUUUCAGGUCUACAAUGCUGGCCCCAGCACUCUCCCUGGAUCUUUUGUUAAUAUUUCAUUUCCAAAUCGUCUCUCUAGUACUGGAGCUGAAAUGUUUCAAAUUCACCAGAUGACGGUUGCACAAGACAAAGGAAACUGCUCUUUUCAGAGAAACCCUACACCAUGUGUUAUUCCUCAAGAAAAAGAGAACAUUUUCCACACAAUAUUUGCCUUUUUUACCAAAUCUGGGAGGAAAGUACUGGACUGUGAAAGACCGGGCAGACCUUGUUUGAUUAUACGCUGCAACCUAAGCUCACUAGCAAAAGCAGAGUCCCGAAGCAUAGACGUGCAGAUGCUGUUGAAUACUGAGAUAUUAAAAAAGGACAGUUCAUCUGUCAUCCAGUUCGUAACAAGGGCGAAAGUGAGGGUAGACACAAUCAUGCGGGCAAUAGAAGUACCCAAUGGAAAUUCAGAAGAUGCAAUGAUGGGCUUCUUUCGGAGGAGAUACAAAGAAAUCAUUGAGGCGGAGAAGAAUAGGCAAGAGAAUGAAGAUAGCUGGGACUGGGUACAGAAAAGCCAGUGAACUGCUGUGGAAGGAGAAACACUGAAAGCCCAACCAUGUGAUUCACCAUGAUUCUUCUAUUGGUCCUGCUCUUGUAUCUUCCAUAUGUGGAAGAAGGAAUCUUCUCCAGAUUUUUCGGAGGCCCCGUUAAUGCUGUAGUUCUUCAUCUUCAGCUAGGAAACAUAUCCUGAGGCAACCACUGCAGACCUGCCAGGUGACUGGAGAAAUCUAUACUUCCUGGAAGAGAAGAACUUUAAUAACUGAGGUCCAGUGCAGAGCAAUAUUUAUGAAUCCAACAUAUGUGGUGUACCCUCAGGGGAAGACUCUUACCAAAACAAAGUAUUUUUAUGAAUAUAUGAUUUUUAUACUGAUUACGUCAUUUUAUAUAUUUGUAUUAAUGUUUUAUGUUUUCUAUUGAAUAGCUCUCUUUAUAUAUACGUUCACUAAGGUGGCAAUCCUGUGCACACUUACUAAAGAGGAAGCCACACUGGAUACAUUGAGACUUCCUUCUUUGUAAACAUUCAUAGGAUUGUGCUGUAAAGCACUGAUAUGCAGCUAAUGGUUUGGACAUGCUUAUACGUGUAUAUCAAGCAUACUGUACUUCUGAAUUUCACUGCAGAAGAGACAAACAAAUGAAAUAAGAAAAACCUCACGUAGUCAAUUUGCUAGUCUUGGGGAUGAUGUACCUCCAGGGGUACUAAGCCAAAGUCCUAUCACAUAAAAUGGAAUUCUGACAUUUAAAUAGCUGCAUUAUGAGCUAAAGUACUCUAAAUGCUGCCCACAGUCAGUUCAAACAAACACAGCAAGACAAUUCUGCUAUUCAGGGACUGUCUAUAAAGCAGUUGUUGGCAGUGUGUGGCCCUUCAGAUGUUGGUGGACAGCACCUACCAGCAUUUUCCACCAUUUGGCUGUGCUGGCUAGGAGGGGCAGCCAGAAGCAUUUGGAAGAUGCAGGGAGCCCUUGCCUGCUCCAAAGUAUGUCACAAAUUUAAAAGAUCCACCCUCUCCACCCUUCCUCCUUCUCCUCCCUCUCUCCUCUGUCUGUACGAGGUUCACACACUAAAAUAUGUCACACAUAUCACUGUGCAGGAUCAUAUUUAAAAAGAAGAAGAAACAACCUGUGCCCCCCCCUUUCCAGAACUCCACCUUGACAGUGAUUUAAUUGUGAUGUAUUGUUCUGUUGACACUUCAGCAGGUCUGAAUGUUGUAAUUCACCAAGCCAAAUACGAUGCAACCCAGGAGACAUGCCUUGUCUUCUCCUGCCAGGGGCUUGCCAACCCCUCCUGGUUUUCUCAGGGAGGCAGCGAUAUACUGAGGAGGUAUACUCACUGUUUCUGAGCUGUGUUUGACUUGGCAGACUGCAGGUUGAGCAGAUCUGAUGUGUAAAAGAUGCUUCCAUACUGACAAGCUCAGAAAAUUCAGUAACAACAAACCAGAACAAAUAACAAUAAAUACAUUUUAAAAACAAUUCCCAGCAUUAUCCUUCAACAAUACUGCUUUGAAAACUUUAUUGUCCUUGUUCUAAAGCAAAGGAGGUGAAAUUAGAGGUCAAGAGAAAAUAGGGAAAGAGUCAAGAAUAUAUGCUCAUUAGUACUUCAUUAUCAGCCUCGUUGAGCGUCAAACUUUCAGUUUAGUUCCCCUUAUGAAAUCUUUGUUUUCCUCCCAUGUGUGACAUACUUUGCAAAUGGCAAACCAUGUCUUGCAACAAAUUGGCAGGAUCUGUAGCUGGCUUUGGCUUCUAGGUACCCUUGUUCAUAGGGUGUAUUGCACUGAAGAAAGCAGCACUGAAUGUCUUCCUUUGGCUAACCGUGACUUCACUGAUGGUCCUUUACCAAUGGGAAGGAACUGGGGAGUGAAGAUUUUAUAAAUA